AUGUCUCAACCAUAUACCAAACUAAAGGACUCUCAAGGUGAUUUAUUAGGUGACGAUUACAUUCAACCAGAUGAAGCACCAAUAGAAUCGACGAACGCUUUAGAGUCCUCUACAAGCCAGCAGCAACAACCAUUACAACCUCAAUCAUCAACUAAUGCUCAACAAUCUACUAAAUCACAUAUAUUUCAAAUAAAUUUUUAUCGUUCGUUUUUUGAUUUAGAUAGUGAUGUAUUUUAUGUUAAAUUGCAAAAGGCGUUAAAUCCACUCUCGCAAGCCAAUGAAGGAGAUGAUCAAAGACAAUACCCACAUGAAUUAUAUGGAUUUGUUUGGAUUACGGGAACAUUGAUUUUUCUCAUGUUUGUUAGUUCAACUGGGUCAAAUCUUUUGAAUCAAUGGCUACGUGGUGAUGAUACUUCCAAACCAUACUCUUAUGAUUUUAGUUUAUUAAUCAAAUCGAUAUCUUUGUUUUAUGGGUAUAAUUUUAUUGUUCCAUUUUUGUUAUGGGCCAUAACGACAUAUUAUAAUAAAUUUCCUCAUCCUAUAGAUUUAGUGAAAACCAUUUCGAUAUAUGGAUAUACCAAUGUAUUGUGGGUGCCAAUAACCAUUAUCAAUUUACUCAUAGUUUUCAUAAAUAGUGAUAUUUUGAAAUGGAUCUUUGUUGGAGUUUUCGGUGCUAUUACUGGAUUCAGUAAUUUGAAUAAAAUCAGCCCUAUAGUGAAGAAGAAUUGCUUGAUUCUUAAUGAAUCAGGUAAAUUGUAUUAUAUUAUACUUGGUUUGUUGGCGGUGAUUCAUUUAUUAUUUACCAUAGUUGUUAAGAUUAGUUUUUUCUCGUAA